UUAGAAGAUCAAACCGUUUGUUUUCAUCCCCUAAUUACUGCAUAAUUCAGUCUUCCCGUCUCCAUUAUUAGGUUCUUGAAGGGGGAGAUUUAUACAAUUUGACAAAAUGUAUGGGUUCGAAGCAAUGACCUUCAACAUUCAUGGAGGUUACCUUGAAGCAAUCGUCAGGGGUCAUAGAUCUGGUUUGCUGACCGUUGCUGAUUACAACAAUCUAUGCCAGUGCGAAACCCUCGAUGACAUCAAGAUGCAUCUCUCCGCUACCGAAUACGGACCUUAUCUUCAAAAUGAACCUUCACCCCUGCAUACCACUACAAUUGUAGAAAAAUGCACUGUUAAAUUGGUUGAUGAGUAUAAGCAUAUGUUAUCCCAAGCCACCGAGCCAUUGUCAACCUUCCUAGAGUAUAUAACAUAUGGUCACAUGAUUGACAAUGUUGUCCUCAUUGUUACCGGAACCCUGCAUGAGAGAGAUGUUCAGGAACUGUUGGAGAAAUGCCACCCUUUGGGGAUGUUUGACAGUAUUGCUACCCUGGCAGUAGCUCAGAAUAUGCGCGAGCUCUACAGACUGGUGCUCGUGGAUACACCACUCGCUCCAUACUUUUCUGAGUGCAUUACAUCAGAGGAUUUGGAUGAUAUGAACAUUGAGAUUAUGAGAAAUACUCUUUACAAGGCAUAUCUUGAGGAUUUCUAUCAGUUUUGCCAGAAACUAGGUGGUGCUACUGCUGAAAUAAUGUCUGACCUUUUAGCAUUUGAAGCUGAUAGAAGAGCCGUUAAUAUCACCAUAAACAGCAUUGGAACAGAGCUUACACGAGAUGAUCGUAGAAAGUUGUAUUCUAGUUUCGGCUUACUCUACCCCUAUGGCCACGAGGAACUUGCUGUGUGUGAGGAUAUAGAUCAGGUUCGUGGUGUGAUGGAGAAAUACCCUCCUUACCAGGCUAUAUUUGGCAAGUUAUCCUACGGAGAGAGCCAGAUGCUUGAUAAGGCAUUCUACGAAGAGGAAGUGAAGCGAUUAUGCUUAUCUUUUGAGCAGCAGUUUCACUAUGGUGUGUUUUUUGCGUACAUGAGGCUGAGGGAGCAAGAGAUCAGGAACUUGAUGUGGAUAUCCGAAUGUGUGGCUCAGAACCAGAAGUCCAGGGUUCACGAUAGCGUUGUUUCCAUAUUUUAGUUACUACAUUAAUAGCAGCAGCAGCAGCAGUCGGGAUGACACGUCGUCCUGUGUAAAUCAUCUGGUGGUUCGGUUAUGUUGCGUAUGCGAGUUUCUCCAAAAUAUGUUUACUGCUGAUGUUAAAUUCUGCUUUAUUUAGGUGCUUGUUUAGAACAUAUUAUACCUGUUCUAUGGAUUCAAAUGUGGUCUUUUUUACGAGGAUGUUAUGGGAUAUUUAUAUGAUUCUAGUAUUACCCGUUUUUGUGUGGUGUUACCGUA